CUUGGUGACUCCGACCCGCCGGGGGAGCGUGCGAGUGUGUGCGAGUGCGCUUCCGGAGUCGGAGCGGUGCGGUGCGGGGGUGUAGCGGCCCCCCCGUGCGGGGCGGGGCGGGGCGGGGCGGGGCACGCCCCGAGGCUGCUCUGCGCGGGGGGCGGGGCGGGGCUGAGCUCGGCGCACACAGGCCCGUGCGGGACCCGGGAGCCAUGGAGCCCCCGGGGCCGGGGCCGGGGCUGGGGCCCCCGCCGCCUCCACGCCCCGCGCACCACCCGCCGCCGCCUCCGCCUCCGCCUCCGCCGCGCUCAGGUGCUGGGACCCUGAGCAGCGCUGAGCAGAAACCUGCUGGAGCAGAGCCUGUGAAGCUGGAGCUGCAGAGGACUGGCCCAGGGGGGCAGGCGCCGGGCCUGGAGCUCCGGGAGGUGUUUGAGGCCGUGGCAGUGUAUUUCACGCGGGAGGAGUGGGAGCUGCUGGACAAUGAAGACAAGGUGCUUUACUGGGACCAGAUGCUGAAGGCUUACCAAGACCUCAUUUCCUUGGGAUAUCGAGGUCCUACACCUGCCUUAAUCUGCAGCAUCCAGCAAGGACAGGUGGAGCUCUGGGUCUGUGAUGAUGAGGACCAUUGGAAAAUCUCCAGAUCGGAGGACCUCGUGCCAGGAGGUGCCUGGUUCCUGAGCAGAGAUGAGGAGCAGCCUCCUGCGGAAGGGCCUGCAGACCUGGAGCCAUCUUGGACUUGCCCAGGGAGUUUGGGUGAGAUGGACUCCCUGAGACUUGAGAAGGAGCAAUGGCACAAGAGUCAGCACCAGCACAUCCACCUGAGGAGCGAGACACACCAGUGUACUGGGUUCGGGAAGAACUUGUGCUGGCAAGACCAGUCCCAGCAGCAGUGUGCGCAGAGGGGGACGCAGCCACAGCAUGGCACCAAGUGUGGGAAGAGCUUAAGGCAGCCCUCCAACCUGGCCAAGCACUGGUGCAUGCAUGCAAGGAAGAAGCCACACCAGUGUUCAGAGUGUGAGAAGAGCUUUGCCCACUAUUCCAGCUUGGCCCGGCAUCAGAUCAUCCACACAGGGAAGAAGCCACAUCAGUGCUUGGAGUGUGGGAAGAGCUUCAACCGGUCCUGCAACCUCACCCAACACCGGCUCGUCCACACGGGGGAGAAGCCACAUCAGUGCUCGGAGUGUGGGAAGAGUUUCGCCCGAGCCUCCCACUUGUCCCAACACAAGGUCACACACACUAAAGAGAAGGCACAUCAGUGCUCAGAGUGUGGGAAGAGCUUCACCCAGUUCUCCACUGUGGCCCGGCACCAGCUCAUCCACACAGGGGAGAAACCACAUCAGUGCUCGGAGUGUGGGAAGAGCUUCAACCGGUCCUCCAAUCUGGCCCAACACCAGCUUAUCCACACGGGAACGAAGCCAUAUCAGUGCUUGAAAUGUGGGAAGAGAUUCACUCAGGCCUCCAGUCUGGCCCAGCAUCAGCUUAUCCACACAGGGGAGAAGCCACAUGGGUGCUCCGAGUGUGGGAAGAGAUUCACUCAGGCCUCCAGUCUUGCCCAGCAUCGGCGUACCCACAGGAGGGAGAAGCCACAUCGGUGCUCUGAGUGUGGGAGGAGCUUCACCCAAUCCGCCAGCCUGGCCCGGCACCAGCUCAUCCACAUAGAGAAGAAAACACAUUAGCGGUUAGAGUGUUGGAAAUGUUUCCCCCACUUCUCCCCCACUUCUCCAAGCUGGCCGAGCACCAGUCCAUCCACAUACGGGUGCAUCUGUAAUGCUUCCAGCAAUGCAGGAAGGGCUUGGUGACGUAUACCUGCUCAGCACCUUCUAGUGCAAUGCAGCAAGAGUUCACCUAUUGUUCAGCCCUGAUAGGGCACUGCAGAACCCAGAGGACACAGAGGCUAGCCACCAGGGUUUGAUGCAGGGAUGGGAUAAAAGGAAAGCCUUCAGGCAGAGGCUAGUUCAGGUGCUGGGAGAACCUGGGAGGAGAUGACCUUUGCCUCAGCCUUGAAGCUUGUGCCAUCCCCAUCAUUUUGUGAAAAAGUCAGUGCUCCCAGGGGCAGAAGUGCCUUCACAAUACGGUGCCCUCUCCAAGACAACUGGCUCCAUGUGACACCCAGGGCCUGGCUUCAGUCAAAUAUAAGCUUUGUCCUUCCUCCUGCUCCCAGGGUCCUGGUAUGUGAGGCUCCUGAGUUCUAGGGAGGAGGAUAUUUACGGUGAGGAAUCAUUCCCUGCCUUCUACCCUGACCUUGCCUUUCCUCCUCACCACAUCACCUCUCUCCCAGGCCUGCACAUGUUCGUCGGGGCCUGCAAGAAGCUACCACUGCCGUCCCAUGAGUCCAGUUUGGCAGUUUUGUUUCUCAACCCCUCACCAUAACUGUACCACCAGGUGCCAGCUGCCCCCCCCCCCCCCCCCCCCCCCCCCGCACCCACCCUCUUCUUCAUCCCGGUCUCUAUAACAGAUUCUUUGUUAAUCACACCCACAACUUAGCACGAUAUCCCUGUGGUUGGUCUCUAUGUCCUCUCCAGAGCUGUGAAACGGGAACAGAGCAGGGCCCAGAAUCUCAUUUCCCAGAGGAUUCACCACAACCCAGGGGCUGUUGUUCACCCUCGGGAGCAGGAGCUGGUCACGCUCAAGGCAUUGCACCCAUGGUCCGCUGUGUGGCCGGGACCCUGCUCUUUUGGAUUAAUCUUUGCCAGGGGGAAGUAGAGUGUCUGUUCUGGGUUCAGUGCGUUUAGUAGAGGGAAAGGAAGUUAGCCUGUGCUGGGUCAUAUCUCUUCUGUGGAAGCAUGGAGAAAGUAUGAAUGCAUCCUGUGGGUAAAAUGUAGCUAGGUGUAAUCUCCCAUUGGGAAUACUGAGGCUUCCCUGCCACUAUCAAAGCCAUUUGGCUCCGUGCAUGUCCCGUAGGGCCUACUCCAAGAGGUUAAUAAGCCAUCCUGGAGCGCACACACUCAUUUCCUUAACUGUCCUUUCUGCUGAUACCCCGCAGUGUAUUAAACUGCUCCCUCCCUCUCCCUAUAUUAUAACAUUUAAGAAAACCUUGCGACUUCUGAAUGAACCUCAGUUUUUUGGCAGGAGGGCUGGUUUGUCUCGUUGGAGGUGGCCAUAGAAGGAAGGGAGGGAGAAUUUGUUCGACACACUUUGAAUGUGCCCAUUACUUGUACAUGUACACCCGUGGCCACAGCCAUUGUAGGCUCCAGUUCCUGUUGGCUGAUGCCAUUGCCACCAGGAGGGAUAAAGUCAGUAGAUCCUCCUUUUUGAUUUCUUCCCUUGGUUCAGAUUGCAGAGACCCAAAGGGCUGCUGCACAAGGUGAAGUUGGAGGUGGUGAUUUAGAGCUCAGCUGCACUCUCCAACUCUGGCAGUCUGUCAGGUUUAUCACUAACUAUUGCUAGCCCUCUCCCCACCCUCUGAAGUAAAAACCUCCUGUUUUCCUGGCCUGUGGAAGUCCAGUGAACCUUUGAAUAUCUGAAAUGGGGCUUCACCUCUGCCCAUGUGCUAGGUUCUCCAGACACCACCUUGUCUUUUAUGGCAGAAAUAGAUGCAUCCAGCACCACAAUAGGUGCAGUGCUCUCACAAUGGCAGGGCCCAGACCAAAUCCUGCAUCCCUGCACCUUCUAACAGGUCACAAAACCCAGUUGCCAACCUACAGCCCAGAAAUUGUCACAAGAAGCAAGGGGGGUUCCCACUUGUAUAUUGAAAAUCAUAGCGGGUAGGGUUGCAAGUCAGCAGGCCAAGGGGAGGGAACAGGUAAAAUGUAAAGAAACGUCAACAUUGUGGUACAUUGUAAUGUACAUUCAGCACCUUAAUUCCCUGCCACCCCUGCCACCUCCAGAAGUGUUCCCCAAACAAGCAUUUAGUCCCACGAGUGAUCAAACACCCGCAGCUGCCCCCAAGUCUGGAUCCAGCUCUUUCAGUCCAUGUCCUGGCUGACAGGCAGGGAGAUUUCCAGCUCCGCUGUGCACUUCUUUGUGCAGGGCUGGCCAGGCUCCACCUGCAUGCUGCUCUUUCCCUCUUGCUCCAGCCUGCAACCUCCUCCUCCUUUUUCCCUUCCCCCAGCCCUGGGGGGUUGUGGAGUUGCAGUCCAGUCUCCCGGCGAGCACAGCUCUGCAGAUUGCCCCUGGUUCCUCCUGCUGUCAUUACAUUCAUAGUACACUAGAAUAUUUGUGUGGGCAAAAUGCAAGACCUGAGACAGCUUUCCUGGGGCUGGCCCUUUCCUUGUCCCACGCUGAUUUUCAGAUGAUGUAGAAAUGGGAAGGCAGAUGCUUUUUCCCAGAAAGUGGACUAUAACACUAAUGUGGUACAGGGACCACAGGAACCUAGCCCCUUUUGAAGCCACGCAACAUCCUCGCACCUCCUUGCCAUAGGGCACGUCCAAACGUACAUUCAUUCACUUUUCCUGAUGCACGUUAAAUUUAGUGCCUCCGAUGUGAGUUUUGUUUUACCCAAUCUUAAAGACAAAGGACACUUUGGAAGAAAUGUUUGACUUGUGAAACCUUGCCUUGUAUUUGAAGGGUGAUGGUAGAUGAGCAGCCUUUGCCCCUUGCCCCCUAUCCCUCCCAUGUGAAAUUCUUAUUCAAGAUUAAAGUGACUGAGAUUAAA